CAUCCAUGUGCACCUUGUCCCACGUGACAGACCCGAGGAUGGAGUUUGAAUUCAGUUACGAACAGCGUGGAUGGCGGCUGCGGGGGGAGUAUGCCAUACAUACCUGCGCACAUGGAUGACUGUGGCGGCGUGUGGAGGAAGCAAGUUGAAUUCCUUCUUGGUGUCAGACGAGCUGAUAACGAUAGCUAGACAAAGAUCAAUAGCCGCUUCUAACUUGUAGAUAUAUUCUCCCCUUGUCUCUGCCAUGCAGAUCGUACCGCGGCGCCUCCCAUCUCUCAGGUAGGCCGCCUUCCAUCCCCUGCCAUCCCCCCCACCGCCAGCUAGGCCAGAAUCGCCCAUCAACGCUGCCCCACCCCGCGCAAUCAUGGUCUCCAACCUGGCCGGAUUGUCCCUCGAGGACCCGGGCCACAUGCCCACCGAGUAUGUUGCCGGCUCCAGCGUAACAGGGUCUAAGGCGGACCGCGCCGCGUUCAGCCGACAGGACUCGCACGACCGCAUCGCCAGCAUCAGCUACAUGGGUGGCAACGCUUCGUGCCUCGAGGAAUACAUCCACUGGGCCCGCCUCCAGCGCAUCGAGGAGGAGGACGCGUGGAAGAACGGCGCCCGUGGGACCAACAGCGGCCUCGACGCCAUCCGCUCCCUCAUUGGCCUAGUCGGUGACCGCCGCCACCGCAACAAAGCCGGCGCCAGCGGCAAGGCCGGUAGCACCGAUGGCAGCGACUCGCCCUCUUCACACGAAAAGGAGAAGGACGCAGAAAAUGGCGCUGAGGGCGUCUCGUCCGGGGGCUACAACACAGACCAGCUUGAUGGCAUCCCCGAGCCUGAGGCAGGCAAGCUCGACGCUCGCCGCGCCCUGCGUAUCGCAGGCGCAAGCAGCGUCUUUUUCCUCAUCACCACCGACAUCCUCGGCCCGAAUGCCGCUCCUUACGCCAUGUCUGCGACUGGAUUCGCCACUGGCAACAUCCUCUACUUUGUCAUGGGCGUUAUGGCUUCAUAUGCAGGUCUUCUGCUCCUACAGGUGUUCUGCGCGCUGGACAGCAUCCGCUUCCCGAUCAAGACUUACGGUGACCUGGCCGAGCGUCUGAUCGGCAAGUGGUGCCGCCACCUUUUCACGUUCUUGCAAAGCAUCCAGCUUAUCAUCAACGUCGGCCUCCUCUGCCUCACCAACGGUCAGUCACUCAGCCAGCUCGUUCAAGCCGGAGGGCACAACCUGUGCUUCACGGUUGCCGUGCUGAUCUGGGCGCUGAUCGGCAUCGUCUUUGCGCAGAUCCGCACUCUGCGCGGCCUCUCGCUCUUUGCCAACCUGGCAGUCUUUAUGAACUUGGCCAUCGUCUUUGUUAGCAUGGGCGUCGUCAAGCAGCACGGCCUCAACUACACGGCGAUCGCCAACAAUUUGAACCUCAAACCGCCGUUCGCACCAGUCGUCACCGCGGCGUUCGCCAGUGCCCCGCUCCCGGACAAGAUCAAUGGCAUCAUGAACAUGGUCUUUGCAUACGGUGGCGCGAUGAUUUUCCCCGAGAUCAUGGCCGAGAUGCGCCGCCCGAUGGACUUUUGGAAGGGCCUGAUCUGCGCCGAGCUCUUGAUCUUCAUUGCCUACGUCCUCUACGGCAACUUCUUCUACGCCUACUCGGGCCAAUAUACGCUCGGUGUCGCCUUCCAGGGCAUGGCCUCCGGCCCAUGGCUGAUGGCGUGUAACGUGCUCAACAUCAUCACCGGCGUCAUCGCCGCUGCCAUCUAUGGAAACAUCGGCAUUAAGGUAGCCUACAUUAACGUUAUUGAGGGCAUCUUCCGCGGCCCUCCCCUUCUGUCACGCAAAGGUCAGUUCAUCUGGGGCGUCUUUGCCACACUGUACUGGGUCUUGGCGUACGUGAUCGGUAGCGCGAUCCCGCAAGUGAACACGAUCUCCGGCCUAAUUGCCGCGAUCGCGAUCAUGAACUUCUCCUACUCGUUCCCGUUCAUGCUCGCGCUCGCCUGGCAGAUCCACCGUGACUCAAUUGUCGCCAAGUACGUCCCCGGCCAGCCGCCAGCACCGCGCGACUGGCGUCGCGGCUUCUUUGGCGGCGAGCUCCACUUUAAGGGGCGCACCAUCCCCGCCAUCUGGCUCAAGCUCUGGCUCCUCGUCAUCACGAUUGGCAGCUACACCAUGAGCGUUCUCGGCAUGUACGGCUCCGGAACGGCCGUCUACAACACCUUUCAGAAUGGAGGAGCAGCCGCUACAUCGUUCGGCUGCCCAGCGACCGUCUAGACGUCAUGCACGCACGCACGCAUCCAUUUAUGCACCCAAAGAGGCGCGCUUGUCCCAAAACUCGCUCCUCACCCCUGCCCGGAAGCAGUAAUCACGCUUCCAUUUUAUUUCAUGCUUGCACGCCAUAUUCAAUUCUCGUCAUGGGUUUCCCUAUUGACUGACAUUGUACGUAAUGGGUCCUGAUAAAACGCACUUGU